AUGUAUUUUCCCACUUUCUCUCUCGCGUUUUUCUGUGUUUAUCCAUUUGGUCAACUGCUUAAUUCAAAUGGCUGUCUGUCUCCAGGACUGUGCACCCAAUUCCUUUUCUCUCCUCUUCUUUUCUUUUUCUCUCCUCUUCUUUUCUUUUUCUCUCCUCUUCUUUUCUUUUUUCUCUCCUCUUCUUUUUUUUCUCUCUUCUUCUUCCUUUUUUCUCUCCUCCUCCUCUUCUUCUUUUUUAUCUCCUCCUCUUCUUCUUUUUUAUCUCCUCCUCUUCUUCUUUUUUAUCUCCUCCUCUUCUUCUUUUUUAUCUCCUCCUCUUCUUCUUUUUUAUCUCCUCCUCUUCUUCUUUUUUAUCUCCUCUUCUUCUUUUUUUUCCUCCUCCUCCUCUUCUUCUUUUUAUCUCCUCCUCCUCUUCUUCUUCUUUUUCUUCUUCUUUCCUCUCCUCCUCUUCUUCUUUUUAUCUCCUCCUCCUUCUUCUUUUUUUAUCUCCUCCUCCUCCUCUUCUUUUUUUUAUCUCCUCCUCUUCUUCUUUUUAUCUCCUCCUCUUCUUCUUUUUAUCUCCUCCUCUUCUUCUUUUUUCUCCUCCCUUCUUCUUUUUUCCUCCUCCUCUUCUUCUUUCUCUCCUCCUCCUCCUCUUCUUCUUUUUUUCUCCUCCUCCUCCUCUUCUCUUUUUUUAUCUCUUUCUUCUUCUUUUCCUCCUCCUCUUCUUCUUUUUUAUCUCCUCCUCCUCCUCUUCUUCUUUCUUUAUCUCCUCCUCCUCCUCCUCUUCUUUCUUUCUCUCCUCCUCCUCCUCCUCUUCUUUCUUUCUCUCCUCCUCCUCUUCUUUCUUUCUUUUCUCCUCCUCCUCCUCUUCUUUCUUUCUUUCUCUCCUCCUCCUCCUCCUCCUCUUCUUUCUUUCUCUUCUUUCUUUCUUUCUUUCCCACCUUUUUAAAGCAUUCCAUUAAUAGUGGCUAUGGAGAGCUUCUGUUCUUUCUUGCUUGCUUGCUCGCUCAAGUUUCGAUCGAGUCUGCACUCCCUCGUCAUCAUUCGAACAUAUCUCUCUCUCUUUCUGGCCUUGAGUCUCUUCCUGUCUUUGUGUGUGUCUCUCUCUCUCCAUCCCUUUCUCUGUGUGUGUGUCUCUCUCUCCAUCCCUUUCUCUGUGUGUGUGUCUCUCUCUCCAUCCCUUUCUCUGUGUGUGUGUGUGUGUGUCUCUCUCCAUCCCUUUCUCUCUCUGUGUGUGUGUGUGUGUCUCUCUCUCCAUCCCUUUCUGUGUGUGUGUGUGUGUGUCUCUCUCUCCAUCCCUUUCUGUGUGUGUGUGUCUCUCUCUCUCUCCAUCCCUUUCUGUGUGUGUGUGUGUCUCUCUCUCUCCAUCCCUUUCUGUGUGUGUGUGUGUGUCUCUCUCUCUCUCCAUCCCUUUCUGUGUGUGUGUGUCUCUCUCUCUCCAUCCCUUUUGUGUGUGUGUGUCUCUCUCUCCAUCCCUUUCUCUGUGUGUGUGUCUCUCUCUCCAUCCCUCUCUCCAUCCCUUUCUCUGUGUGUGUCUCUCUCCAUCCCUUUCUGUGUGUGUGUCUCUCCAUCCCUUUCUGUCUCCAUCCCCAUCCCUUUCUGUGUGUGUGUGUCUCUCUCUUUCUCUCUCCAUCCCCUUUCUGUGUGUGUGUGUCUCUCUCUCCAUCCCAUCCCCUUUCUGUGUGUGUGUGUGUCUCUCUCUUUCUCCAUCUCCUUUCUGUGUGUGUGUCUCUCCCUUUCUCUGUGUGUGUGUCUCCAUCCCUUUCUGUGUGUGUGUCUCAUCCCUUUCUCUGUGUCUCUCUCCAUCCCUUUGUGUGUGUGUGUGUCUCUCCAUCCCUUUUCUGUGUGUGUCUCUCCAUCCCUUUCUCUGUGUGUCUCUCCAUCCCUUUCUGUCACCCUAUUCGCCAUUGCUUAAUUCUUCCUUCUUUCCUUUCUUUCCCUCUCCACUCUGUCUCUUUUUCUCUUUUACCUUACAACCAAAUGGAUUCUUAG